UGUACUCUCUUCUGGCACACUAUUUAACUCCCCAUUUCCUCACCUCAUUCCAUUUCACUCCAAAUUUUCUUUGCCAUGUCAACCUCUAGAACCUCAGAUACACCCUUCAAGGGAUAUGACCCCAAUAACCAAACUCAAAUGUGCCUCUCUCUCCUCCAACGCAACACAUCACCUUGUGGUGAGAGAAGAGGCAGAAGGAAGCAAGCAGAGCCAGGGAGGUUCCUUGGAGUUAGGAGGCGCCCAUGGGGCCGUUAUGCUGCUGAAAUCAGAGACCCCACAACCAAAGAGAGGCAUUGGCUUGGCACAUUUGACACUGCUCAAGAAGCAGCUCUUGCUUAUGACAGAGCUGCUUUGUCCAUGAAAGGAAGCCAAGCAAGGACCAACUUUGUUUACUCUGACAACAUCAACUUCCACACUCUCCUUUCUCCUGUGGAUGUUCAACUUCAAGUUCAAGUCCAACCCCUCUUGCCACCUUCACACUUUCUCACUAACACUAACACCACUCAGGCCAAACAACCAACCAACCACAAUAGUCUCUCUCAGGUUACUCAUGCUCCAAACUGUGGAAACCCCUCCCCAAUGAACAAUAUUGAAACUACACAUGGGUCAGCUCAGGAUGAUGAUUUCUUCUUUUCCAGUGAUUCUAACUCAGGCUAUCUGGAAUGCAUAGUUCCUGAUAAUUGCUUCAGACCUAGUUCAAGCUCCAGAAAGAGCAAUGUGAGUGAUCAAAAGCUUAACACAAGCUCCAUGGAGAGUACUCAUGAGUAUGAGUACCACUCACAUGUUGACAUGACCUCAUUCUCUCAAGAAAUGGCACCAAGGGAGUCAAACUAUUCAGAUUUUUAUUAUCCAAGUGAAGGAUCAUGGGAUUGGAAUAGUAGUGAACUUUCAGCAAUAUUUAAGAACCCAUUAAGGGUUGAAGAUGGGUGCAUGGAUGCAUUUAAUGAUAGUCCAAGCUAUGGGGUAAUGAAUCAGGGUGCUUCUUCAACUUCAACUAACUGUUCUCCAUCACUUCCAUCCUUUGGGGACGUAGACUUGGGAUACCCACUCUUCUGAGUUUCAGACUGAGGUGCAUUUAUCAAGGAGUACCUUAGUACUUGCAUUGCAUUGCAUGCACUUGUACGUUUUUUUUCUUUUUAUUUUUCCUUGUAACUUGGGUCUAGCAAACCAAGCCUUUUGCCUCUUCUAAUGUAAUUACUAAAUUGCACACAUGAUGGGGUGAGGUUUUGAGAUGUUCAAAAAGCUCCACUACCCUUUCAAAUCAAUGGAAAGCCUUUCCUUUGAUGCUCUGCCUAGUGCCUUGCCCCCCCUUCUGCUUAUUUAUU